AUGGCCUUAGAAACCAAGAACGGUUCUCCGGCUGCGACAACCGAUAUUCAGAUUAUCACGAAAGACGGCCAAGAGUUUACGGAGGUCAAGGAGGGGCUAGCUCGUAUCUUGGUCCCCUUUUCCGCGAAAGAUAUCGCAGAUAAGAAGUCGAAUGUCGAGGAACAGCAAAAGGUCUUCUACAAUCCUAUUCAGCAGUUCAAUCGCGACUUGACGGUUCUCGCAAUUAAAGCGUAUGCCGAGGAUGCAUUUGCUAAGAGGCGGGCUGGAAAUGCGGAAAAAGCAGCUAAGAGGAAACGUGAGAAGACAGACACUGCUGGUCGCAACUCGAAGAAGGAAAAAGUAACCGAGAAUGUAGACGGCGUUACGUCUACACCUGACGAUGUGACCAAGAACGAAGCUCGGCCGAACGACGCAGAUAUAAUCCUUCCAGACGCGCCAAAUGGUCAAGAUAUAGGAUCACAAGAGAAAGAUUCAGAAAACAUACACGGAAAUAGCGACAACGUACCUUCGGGUGAUGUGUCUAAUGCCGACCUACCGGCCGAAAACUCACAGCCAAAUAAGGAUCAAGAGACGAAAUCCACAGAAGCAAGAAAUACCCAACCUACACCUAAAUUUACUAUACUCGAUGCUCUAUCGGCUACAGGACUUCGAGCUCUACGAUAUGCUCAAGAGUUACCAUUUGUUACAUCAGUUACAGCAAAUGAUCUUAGUUCCUCGGCUGUUAAGGCUAUCAAGCAAAAUGCGGAGCAUAACGGUGUCGAAUCCAAAGUAAACGCGACAUCGGGCGACGCCCGUGCACAUAUGUACUCCUUGCUUACUUACGAAGUCGCAGAAGAAAAGGGGAAAAAUAAGAAGGGCGGUAAUAAACCAAACAAACCAAACAACAAAUACAACGUGAUCGAUUUGGAUCCAUAUGGAACCGCUGCUACUUUUUUCGAUGCGGCACUUAACGCCGUACGAGAUGACGGGGGGUUGUUAUGUGUUACAUGCACAGAUUCAAGCGUCUUUGCGUCACAUGGAUAUCCCGAGAAAACGUUUGCUCUUUACGGCGGCAUCCCAGCGAAAGGAUGGCAUUCUCACGAAGUAGGGCUGCGCCUCAUACUACACGGCCUUGCUUCAACAGCAGCGAGGUAUGGGCUGGCUAUCGAGCCCCUACUGAGUCUAUCGAUUGAUUAUUACAUCCGGAUCUUCGUUAAGGUUAGGAAGUCACCGGCAGAGGUCAAGUUCCUUGCGGGGAAGACUAUGAUUGUGUAUAGCUGCGACCAAGGGUGUGGAGCCUGGGAAACGCAAUUCCUAGCACGCAACAGAAAGGCACCUAAUGCGUCUGGGAAAGGCGUCUUCUAUAAGCAUGGACUCGCUAUGGCGCCGACCACUGACCGGCUUUGUCAAGAAUGUAGUUCAAAGAUGCAUCUCAGCGGCCCAAUGUACGGUGGACCGUUGCAUUCUCCAGACUUCAUCAAGAAAAUCUUGGAUGACCUUCCUAGCGCCUCCGACGAGAUAUACGGCACGAAGCCGCGAAUAGAAGGAAUGUUACAGACAGCACUAGAAGAGUUCCUUACACCUCCAGAAGAAAGGAUGGAGAGUCACAGGGAGGACGAAUUCGCUGCGAUCGAACACUAUCCGUUCUACUUCCACCCAGCGAAGCUAGCAGGUACUCUGCAUUGUAUGUCUCCCGAUGAAGAUAGUUUUAGGGGCGCUUUACGGUCUUUAGGCUAUGAAGUUACUCGUAGUCAUUGCAAGGGCGGUAGUAUAAAGACGAAUGCGCCAUGGUCAGUCAUUUGGCAUAUCAUGCGAGAAUGGGUCCGCGAAAAAGCUCCCGUACGUGUUGAUAGAAUUAAGGAGAACACUCCAGCGUAUACCUUACUCCGGUUAGGCAAGACAGACGAGACUCCGAAGGAAGAUCCUGCAAAGGAUGCAGAGCGCGAAGCGAUCGAUAACUUAAAGCCGCUCCUAGAUGAGUUUUUAAUUGAGGGUCUUCCGGAUUACUUGAAAAGUAGUCCGUCGCGGCGCAUCCAUGCUGUGGUGUCGACUGGCUCCGGGACGGGUCUUGCGCUGAAAUUUUACAACGAAAUUGUUGCGCGGCUUUUACCGGGGCGCGAGGUUUAUCCUUCAGAUCCGACGAUGAACUCGAUAGAAGUAAUGAAGCCGAAUCCGCACAAUCUUGUUGUUACGCAGAGCGCUAAUAGCGUACGUGAGUUUGCGCGAGAGAUUAGUCGUGAGGGUGAAGAUGGGGUGCAGCAUACAGUGGUGCUGCUUAGUGGUGAUGGGGGUGUCAUCGAGAUGCUUAAUGGUCAAGUGUCGGUAGAGGGGCACAACUCGGAAGAGCAUCUACCGUUAGUUUCGAUACUCCCAUUAGGUACAGGGAAUGCGCUUUUCCACUCUCUUCACAAGUCAGCGGGCGCGGCAUCAAGAUUUCCAGCGCCGUCUAGUCUAGUCCAAGGCUUGCGCACUUUGUUCAACGGCCGAGCUGCCGCGCUACCUUCUUUCAAGGUUGAAUUCUCUCCCGGCGCUCGCAUCAUAACCUAUAAGAGCCCAGAAUCCGGCUCCGAUUCCGUAGAAGGAGUUGGAAGCCACGCGGACGCCGUGUCUCAUCUCUACGGUGCCAUCGUUGCUAGCUAUGGCUUCCACAGUCAGUUGGUCUGGGAGAGCGACACGCCAGAGUACCGAAAGCACGGUGCUAAGCGCUUUGGCAUGGUUGCACAGCAGUUGCUUAAGGAGAGCCACGCGUAUAAUGCAAUCGUUGAAAUCUCCGGAAAAGAUGAAUCCAACGUACGGAAGCUAGACCGGGACCGGCACGCAUAUAUCCUAGCCACGAUGGUAUCCAAUCUAGAGAAAACUUUCACCAUAUCUCCAGCCAGCAAGCCACUAGAUGGGAAAUUAAGGCUUGUUCAUUUCGGUGCUGUUAGUGGAGAGAAGACCAUGGAGAUCAUGACGCAAGCGUAUAACGAUGGAAAGCAUAUUGGUAUGAAGUGGACUACGGAGGAUGGUAAGGAAGAAGGAGUUGGGUAUGAUGAGCCUAGUGUGGUUAAGAUUACUACUUUAGAAGAAGACGCUAGAUGGCGCAAGGUCUGUAUUGAUGGUACUAUUGUAGAAUUACCUCAGGGUGGUUCUAUGACUGUCAGGACUGAAGAUAGACCUCACUUGCGGGUUGUGGUAGACAAGUCACUAGUCUGA